AUGAAAUUCGGGUUCAAGACCGACGUGGUCGGAUCUGUCGGAUACUCGGGCCAGCCUGCAGGAGACUCCUUCGCAUUCUACCCCACUGGCGGGAUCGGCCAAGGUGGCUGUGGAUACCUCGGAUAUCUCUACCACCAGCGGACUGGGCUCUGCGUGGCUGUGGCUUUCCCGACCUCGUUGUCGUCGCCCAGGUACACUAACGCCCCUGUUACGCUUCAGCGUUGUGGCUCGUUCAGCUCGGCCCCCCCGGAGACGCAAUCUUUCUGCGGUCUAAAGUUCCUCAUGCAAAACGGGGACUAUUGGGUUGGUGUACUGUUCAAGGGCGAUUAUUCUAAUACAGCCGGCCAUUAUGGAUCCCGCCACUGGUGGCAGCGGCAGUAA